AUGUUUGUGGAUUCUUCUGUGGGAUCAGAGGGCACACCUGUAACCAGAAAACUCCAAGUAUAGCAGCAAGGAUGGAUGAACAGGCUCUUUUAGGGCUGAAUCCAAAUGCUGAUUCGGACUUUAGACAAAGGGCUCUGGCCUACUUUGAGCAGCUAAAGGUUUCCCCAGAUGCCUGGCAGGUGUGUGCAGAAGCUCUAGCCCAGAGGACAUACAGUGAUGAUCACAUAAAGUUCUUCUGCUUCCAAGUACUUGAACAUCAAGUCAAAUACAAAUACUCAGAGCUCACCACCGCCCAGCAGCAGCUCAUUAGGGAGACGCUCAUAGCUUGGCUUCAAGCUCAGAUGCUGAGUCCCCAGCCAGAGAAGACCUUCAUACGGAAUAAAGCUGCCCAAGUCUUCGCCCUGCUGUUUGUUACUGAGUAUCUCACGAAAUGGCCCAAGUUUUUUUUUGACAUUCUCUCCGUGGUGGACCUCAAUCCAAGGGGAGUAGACCUCUACCUCCGAAUCCUCAUGGCCAUCGAUUCAGAGCUGGUGGAUCGCGAUGUCGUGCAUACGGCAGAGGAGGCUCGUAGGAAUACUCUUAUAAAGGAUACCAUGCGGGAACAGUGCAUUCCGAAUCUCGUGGAAUCGUGGCACCAAAUCUUACAAAACUAUCAGUAUACUAAUUCAGAAGUGACAUGCCAGUGCCUUGAAGUCGUUGGGGCCUAUGUCUCCUGGAUAGACUUAUCCCUCAUAGCCAAUGACAGGUUUAUAAAUAUGCUGCUAGGUCAUAUGUCCGUAGAAGUUCUACGAGAAGAAGCAUGUGACUGUUUAUUUGAAAUUGUAAAUAAAGGAAUGGACCCUGUUGAUAAAAUGAAACUAGUAGAAUCUUUGUGUCAAGUUUUGCAGUCUGCUGGGUUUUUUAGCAUUGACCAGGAAGAAGACGUUGACUUCCUGGCCCGCUUCUCUAAGCUCGUGAACGGAAUGGGGCAGUCCUUGAUCGUCAGCUGGACUAAGUUAGUCAAGAGUGGAGACAUGGCGCAUGCUCAGGAGGCCCUGCAAGCUGUUGAGACGAAGGUGGCACUCAUGCUGCAGCUGCUGAUCCAUGAGGACGAUGACAUUUCCUCCAACAUCAUUGGGUUUUGCUAUGAUUACCUUCAGAUUCUAAAGCAGCUUACAGUACUCUCGGAUCAGCAGAAAGCUAAUGUAGAGGCAAUCAUGUUGGCCGUUAUGAAAAAAUUGACUUAUGAUGAAGAGUAUAACUUUGAAAAUGAGGGGGAAGAUGAAGCCAUGUUUGUGGAAUACAGAAAACAACUGAAGCUAUUGUUGGAUAGGCUUGCCCAAGUCUCACCAGAGUUACUGCUGGCUUCUGUUCGCAGAGUGUUUAGUUCUACACUGCAGAACUGGCAGACGACACGGUUUAUGGAGGUUGAAGUAGCAAUAAGAUUGCUGUAUAUGUUGGCAGAAGCUCUUCCAGUAUCUCAUGGUGCUCACUUCUCAGGUGAUGUUUCAAAAGCUAGUGCUUUGCAGGAUAUGAUGCGAACUCUGGUGACAUCGGGGGUGAGUUCCUACCAGCACGCCUCCGUGACGCUAGAGUUCUUUGAAACUGUUGUUCGAUAUGAGAAGUUCUUCACUGUUGAACCUCAGCACAUUCCAUGUGUACUAAUGGCUUUCUUAGAUCACAGAGGGCUGCGGCAUUCCAGUGCAAAAGUCCGGAGCAGGACGGCCUACCUGUUUUCCAGAUUUGUCAAGUCUCUCAAUAAACAGAUGAACCCUUUUAUUGAGGACAUUUUGAAUAGAAUACAGGAUUUAUUAGAACUUUCUCCACCUGAGAAUGGUUACCAGUCCUUACUGAGCAGUGAUGAUCAACUGUUCAUGUAUGAGACCGCUGGAGUGCUGAUUGUCAACAGUGAAUAUCCAGCCGAAAGGAAACAGGCGUUGAUGAGGAAUCUGUUGACUCCGCUAAUGGAGAAGUUUAAAAUUCUGUUAGAAAAGUUGAUGCUGGCCCAGGAUGAAGAAAGACAAGCAUCUCUUGCAGACUGUCUCAGCCACGCGGUGGGGUUUGCCAGCCGAACCAGCAAAGCUUUCAGCAACAAGCAGACUGUGAAGCAGAGUGGCUGUUCCGAAGUCUAUCUGGACUGCCUGCAGACCUUCUUGCCGGCCCUCAGCUGCCCCUUCCAGAAGGACAUUCUCAGAGGUGGAGUCCGCACCUUCCUCCAUCGGAUGGUCAUUUGUCUGGAGGAGGAAGUCCUGCCGUUCAUCCCAUCUGCUUCAGAACACAUGCUCAAAGACUGUGAAGCCAAAGACCUCCAGGAGUUCAUUCCUCUGAUCAACCAGAUCACAGCCAAGUUCAAGGUACAGGUGUCCCCAUUUUUACAGCAGAUGUUCAUGCCCCUGCUGCAUGCCAUCUUUGAAGUGCUGCUCCGCCCGGCGGAAGAGAACGACCAGUCUGCCGCUCUGGAGAAACAGAUGCUGCGGAGAAGUUACUUUGCUUUCCUUCAGACGGUCACCGGCAGUGGGAUGAGUGAGGUGAUAGCCAAUCAAGGUGCAGAGAAUGUAGAAAGAGUGCUGGUCACUGUGAUCCAAGGAGCCGUUGAAUAUCCAGACCCGAUUGCACAGAAGACGUGUUUCAUCAUCCUCUCGAAGCUGGUCGAACUCUGGGGUGGCAAAGAUGGGCCCGUGGGAUUUGCUGACUUCGUGUACAAGCACAUUGUCCCUGCUUGCUUCCUUGCUCCUUUGAAGCAAACCUUCGACCUGGCCGAUGCACAGACAGUAUUGGCUUUAUCUGAGUGUGCAGUGACGCUGAAAACAAUUCAUCUCAAACGGGGCCCAGAAUGUGUUCAGUAUCUUCAGCAGGAAUACCUGCCCUCCCUGCAAGUAGCACCAGAGAUCAUUCAGGAGUUCUGUCAAGCACUUCAGCAGCCUGAUGCUAAAGUUUUCAAAAAUUACUUAAAGGUGUUCUUCCAGAGAGCAAAGCCCUGAGGACCGGACUGCCCAUGCCACUUCCCGAGCAGGAACUCCGCUACUAACUGAGAAAAGCUGCGGCCUGUGUGUGCCAUUCAUUCACACGGGUCUUUUUAACAUUGUUUGAGCUUCCUGCAGUGUCUGUUCUGGGGUUUUUCUGUAAGAUGGGUGUGAUUUUCCCUAAAUCCAGGCAUGUGACAACAAGAGAAGUUACGUGCAUGCCAGCUCAAAUUGUUCUAUAUAAAAAUGCUGUUUAAAGACACAGCAGAGUUAUUCUAGUACCUUAAUCCUUUUUUAUUUGAAACUCUAAGCCCUUUAUAAAGACCAUAGCAGUGGAAAACAGUGUACUUUUUAAAGAACUGGUGAAUAUAAAAUGUUUAAAAAUUUUAAUUUACUUUUGUGUGCAGACACAAAGUACAACAAUCAAAACUAAUUUUUUGUAGAUAGCCAUUACCUUCUUUAAACUGUUUCAAUGCCAAUAUGUAUUCUACAAAGAAGAAUGGUUUCAUAAAUUAAUUGAUUUAAAAGUAGGUGCCGGUGUUAUACUUUUUUUAAUAAAAUAAAUAAAUUUUAUGUAGUGAAAUAUAUCAAGUCUUUUCUGGAAUUAUUAUAACUACUUUGGUCUUAUUUUCUCAUCUUACUGUCUCCCUGAUUUUCCAUUUAAAAAUUUGCAACUAUGAGUGUGUAGAUGCUUUAUUUCAUUUAUGUUCCUAAAAGGUUACGUGUAACUUGGCCUGUUACAUAAGAGUCAGAAUGUCAUGAAAAAGCCUGUGUGGAUCUGUUGACAGAAUUUAAAAUUCCAUUUUUUUUUCCUAACUCUUUUACCUGGAUGUACUUAGAGCACAGUACAUCUAUGUGUUUCUGCUCUUUGGCUAUAUGUAAAUGGUCGCUGACCAUUGCAUUACUAGGUACUUACCCCUGCCUUUCUCCAUUUUUAUUCAUGGCUGCUUGCAAAAGCAAAAGGAAAUAGCAGUUACCAGUAGCAGCAUGGAAAGUGGAGAAGAGAGGGGGACCCAACCGCAGCCGAAUCACUCCAGGCAUUUACGCUAAAAUUCCCAAACCCAGUUCAGACUGUCAGGAGGGUCUGUUUGUCGUCCCCUUGACCUGUGUGUCUCAGCUUUCAUGGGCAGGCUUCUGUGGCCUGUAAUCUCCCUAAAAUCUUACUCUAGAUUCUGCAUGUGAGUAUUUUUCUGGGUUUAAUUCCAGAAGAAAUUUGAAACAUACGUCUUACAUCAUGGAAUAAAAGUAUUUGACUAAAUUGACUGUUAAUUGUAAAAAAUAGAGGCGGGGAAUGUAUAUUAUACUUUAAUAAAACUGUCUUUAGAAACAGUUAA